AAAAAUUGAAUGAAAUUUUAAAACUCAUUCUGUAAGAAUUUGUAAAUAAAUAUACGUCUAAAUUUAAUUCUUAUUAAAUGUACUUAAAUAAAUCGUUUUACUGUAUUUUAUUACCAGAACCAGAAGCAAGUACAUACACUUACCGAAAGCUGGAGUUUGCUUGUUAAAUAGUGUUUUGAUUUUAAUUUUCUAGUCAACAUUUUAACUGUUCAACAGGAGAAAAGAAAGAAGUAUUUCUUAACAUGGCUCCUCCUCGGCGUAUUCUAAGAGAACAACUAAAAAUUCUACUUGAUUUUCUACAUGAAAACAGAGACCUAUGCACUCGACACUUAGCUUCACCUAUAAAAUUUGAUGAAACCAGACAAAAAUGGAAAACUGUGGCAAAGAAGCUAAAUAGUGUUCCUAAUGGCAGUUUCAAAACUGCCCAUUUUUGGAGAAGGUACUGGAUUGAGUGGAGCAAUAAGGUGAAGACAAAAGCAGCUCAAAGAGUGAUGAUGAAGUCAGGUGAAGAAUCUAAAAGAAUAUUGCCACUAGACAAAUUGGAAAUCAGAGCUCUGGAACUCAGUGGAAAGGGAUUCAUUGUAGCCAUGUUGAAAUCCAAAAAUGAGAAGUUCCCAGUUAAAGAUACUAUACUGCCUGCAGAGGUGGACACAGCUUCAGAUUUACAGCCCAUGAAUAAGAUUAAACAGGAAACUUCACAAGAAGCAUCUUCUUCUGAAGUCCAACAAUCAUCUAGAACUUCAAGAUUAUCAGCAGAUAAUGCAAAAUCAUCAUCUCUGCCUCCACCAAAAUGGGCUCUUGAGCUUGAAGAGCGAAGGAUAGCAGCUGAAGAGCGAGUGGCUGCAUCCCUAGAAAAAAUGGCAUCUCUGUUCAAGGCACAAGAUAAGAGACAAAGUAUUCUAGAGGAACGGAUGGCAAAUGCAUUAACAGCUAUGGCGGGUACACUGCAGGAUCUAAACUGUGGCAUACAAGAGGCUGUUCAACAUUUGCAGCAAACUCACCCAGUGCAAAUGAAUGAUCGAAAUAUGAAGGAUGUAUUACUAUAGGAAUGUAUUUUGUAUAUAAAUUGAUAUAUCUUUAGAAGUGAUCAAUGUUUGAAUUACUGUGUAUAAGAGAAAACAACAGAAUAUUGUGUGUAUUGCUCAUUACAUGAAAGAAGUAAUAUGAAAUAAAGAUACCUACUAGAAUAAUAAAUAGUUUUUAUUUCCAUAGAUUG